UCGGCGAAAUCGAUCCUUGAUACUUGUGUAACUCACUGACAAAGUCUCCACAAACUUCUCGCCUUUGUAGUAACGAUGACCACCGUGGCUCCACUCAUGAGUCUAGCGUCAGACCAUCGAAGUCCAGUCGCCAUAGUGUUUGAGCGGACGUCUCCCACAGCGAAGCCGAACAAGCUGAAGACUUACUCCAAAUAUCUUGGCAAACAUGCGGACGUUCUACGGCUUGGUUGUCUUGCUCAGUCUGGCUGUCUUCUUGGACUCCAAGUCUUUGAGGGGACACGGAGAAAAGGAUGGAUCUGCUCCAGAGGACACCAGAUCAGAGCUGAAGGGAGUGAAGCAAGCCUCUUGGAGGAAUAGGUUUUUCGUCAGAGAAGGAAUUGGAAAAGGCCAGUUCAUUGGCAAGCUCCACUCCGACGACGACGUUGGUGACGGCAGCGUACAGUAUAUUCUUUCUGGAGAAGGAAAUGGCGACGUCUUCACCAUUAACCAGGAAAGUGGAGAGCUGUUCACCACGCGGAGUCUGGACCGGGAGGAGAAGGCCAUCUACUCCCUAACAUUCAAAGUAGUUAACACGCUGACGGGUCAAGUCGUGGAGCCAGAGACCGAGUUCUCUGUGGUGGUGCUCGACGUGAACGAUCACGCACCGGCAUUCAGCCAAGACACAUAUGUUGCAACGGUUCCUGAGCAUUCCAACUUGGGAACUUCGGUGACCCAGGUCACUGCGACGGACGUCGAUGUGGGCCUCAAUGGUCAAAUAUUCUACAGCAUCACUGGAGAACACAGCUAUUUCUCUGUGGAUCCCACUACUGGUGUGAUCCGGAGUGCGGUCGGCGCCGGUGACCUGGACCGAGAGCAGAUGGAGAAUCACCAGGUGUUUGUGAAAGCCACUGACAUGUCUGGACAGAAGAGAGGAUUGUCUUCCACCACCGUGGUCAACAUUACUGUAACCGACAUCAACGACAACCUGCCUCGCUUUGCCCAGGGUGAAUACCAGUUCAGUGUCCCGGAAUCCAUCAAGCCCGGCAGCACAGUGGGCAGACUCAAAGCAACCGACCCAGACGUGGGAAAGAAUGCAGAGAUGCAAUUCUCCAUCAUCGAUGGAGACCACACGGGCAUGUUUGAGAUCUCCACAGACGAGGACACCCAAGAAGGGGUCAUCAUUGUUCGCAAGCCUUUGGAUUAUGAGAGGAAGCAGUCGUACACGGUUCUCGCCAAGGUCAAGAACCAAGUGCAGACUCAUCCAAUGUCGGCAGGCUCUGUCGACAUGGCCCAGGUUGAGAUCAGCGUGGAAGAUGUGGAUGAACCCCCCGUUUUUUACAAGGAACAUUAUCUGAUGGAGGUGAAGGAGGAUGCUUCAGUGGGCACGACGAUUGGCUUUGUCUAUGCCAUGGACACCGACAGACCCCAAACACCUGUCAAAUAUUCUAUCGACCGGGACACUGAUAUGAACCACAGGUUUGACAUCGACGAAGCCAGUGGUACUCUCACCGUGGCCAAGAGCUUGGACAGGGAGGCGGCAGCCUGGCACAACAUUUCAGUCAUCGCGACUGAAGCUUCAGAUAAUCCUCCCGACAGUAGCCGUGUUCCUGUUUACAUCCACAUCCAGGACAUCAACGACAAUCCCCCCAUGAUGGUCGUGGAGUCUGCCUCCUUUGUUUGUGAGGGGCAUCAAACUGCUGGUCAGCUGGUCCAGACAGUGACUGCUGUUGACCUCGAUGAGCCGCCGAAUGGACACAAGUUUUCUUUCAGCAUGGCACCUGAUGAAGAGAAAACCAGUCUGUUCACUGUCCAGGACAACGGAGACAACACUGCAGGGAUCCUGACCCGACAAGCCAACUUCGACCGUCUCAGCCAAAACGUCCACCAGGUUCCUGUGGUGAUCACUGACGGUGAAACGCCCAUGCACGUCAGCACCAGCACAGUGAUUGUGAAGGUUUGCUCCUGCAAGCGUGAAGGCCACUGCGACAGCGAGGCGGAGUCGUUCUUCGGAACACUCGGCGUUCGAGAGUACAUCAUCAUUUCCCUGGCGCUCGGAUCCAUUCUGCUGAUGGUCUGCGCUCUGGUGAAAAUCUCCUGUAUGAGGAUGAAGCCAACACCGUCCGUCCCAUCAGGACCAGACACUGCUGCACUGGCACUUGUUUCAUAGACGUUUUAAUGUGUCAUCUUCAUGGACGAUCUCUCAUGCUGCCAAGACUGUUGGUUAUGAUUGUACAUAUUGUAUUUAUUUUAGUAGCGCAACAUCCCUGCAAAAACAUGACAACAACAAUGUUUUGAGUCACUGUGCACUGAUUUAUAUAUAUAUAUAUAUAAAUUUUUUUUUUAUAUUUUAUUUUAAAAACUGAAAAAAGUAAUUGAUUGUUUAUUUUUCACUGGGUGAGAUAGCAGCGAUUCCGUCCCUUGCAGGGAAAAGCAGUGCUCUUGUUAAU